AUGGAUAACGCCAGCAAUGCCAGCAAGCCCUGUGGCUUUCUUCUUCAGGGCUUCUUCGAGUUCCCGCACCUGAGGACAGUGCUCUUCCUGCUGCUGCUCGCCGUGCACCUGGCCACCCUGAGCGGGAACCUGCUCAUUCUGGUGGCCGUGACCUCGGUGCCCAGCCGGCCGCCCAUGCUGCUCUUCCUGUGCCAGCUGUCGGCCAUCGAGCUCUGCUACACGCUGGUGGUGGUACCCCGCUCCCUGGCCGACUUGGCCGCGCCUGGGCACGGUAGGGGCAGCCCCAUCUCCUUCCUGGGCUGCGCGGUGCAGAUGCAGAUGUUCGUGGCGCUGGGCGGGGCCGAGUGCUUCCUUCUGGCCGCCAUGGCCUAUGACCGCUACGUAGCCAUCUGCCACCCGCUGCGCUACGCCGCUGUGGUGACCCCCGGGCUGUGCGCGCGCCUGGCCCUGGCCUGCUGUCUCGGGGGACUGGCAGUGUCCCUGGGACUCACAGUUGCCGUCUUCCACCUGCCUUUCUGCGGCUCCUGCCUGCUGGUGCAUUUCUUCUGCGACAUCACAGCACUGCUGCACUUGGCCUGCACGCGGAGCUACGCCGACGAGUUGCCCUUGCUGGGUGCAUGCCUGGUGCUGCUGCUGCUGCCCUCCGUGCUCAUCCUGGCCUCCUACGGGGCCAUUGCCGCCGCCCUACGCCGCCUGCAUUCACCCGGCGGCCGGCGCAAGGCCGCCUCCACCUGCGCCUCGCACCUGGCAGUCACCUUCCUGCACUAUGGCUGUGCCACCUUCAUGUACGUGCGGCCCAAGGCCAACUACUCCCCGCGGCGAGACCGCGCAGUGGCGCUCGUCUACACCAACAUCACACCGCUACUCUAUCCGCUCAUUUACAGCCUGCGCAACCGGGAGAUCACUGCCGCCAUCCGCAAGGUCCUAGGGCGGCAGCGGCCCGGCCAGGCACCGGGUCGGAGUCUGUGUGAGCCCUGA